GAGUUAUCAUGGUCGGAAAAGUAUAAAGAGCUUAAACGACAACUCAAAGAUCUACGAAAGACAUUUAACGAAAUAAUAAGGGCGGUACGGGCAUGGGAGAGAAAUAAGAGCUUUAGAAAAGAUGUUAUUUUAAUCCUGUUUAGAAGUAGUGUUGACGACGUUCAACGGUUAUUAACCGUUAAUGCAGAUAUCAGAAAAGAAUUAAAAACUUCUCGAAUCAGUGAUAAACUCUUACUACUCCAAAAUCAAUUAUUGUUUAUGAGUAAUCUGAAAGAUAUAAAUGGAAGCUUUCGAAUAGAUAAUAGAACGGAAUUGAUACAAGUUUGCUUUAAUCAUAAUAACUCAACAGAUAAGAAUUGUUCGCCCUCCUGCAAGAUUGUAGAUCCUGAAUGCUUUCAUGAAGACCACAUGGAAUUAGGAAUAAUAGCCCAAUCUCUUGCAUUUUUUGAUGGUGUUUCAAAUAGCUUCUGUAGCCCAGACUUGACUUUCUUCAAACAGAUACCUGGCAUAUUGAGAAAUAUAAGCGAAUUUAUGACAGCACUCCAAGACUUUAAUCCAACUUUACUGUCUAAAUAUAGCAAAAUGCCUAUACGAGACUAUUUAUUUCAGUUGAUCGUUAUAUUAACGAAUAACAACUGCAACAUUUUCAAACCUAGAGGAACAGAUCUCCAAGCUCAUGAGAAUUUAAAAGUCAUUCUAACACACUUUAACCAGCUUGCAUUCAAUCUAGAUGGAUGCUUGCAUAGAAUUUCAAUGCUGUUUUCAGAAAAUAUACUGGUAUUAUCUAGAGUGUUUGACAAUUUAGAAGAAGAAUUUGAAAAAUCCAUGAAAGUAGACUUCAACUUUGCAAGCGUUUUUUUAUCUACCUCGGAUUUCCUGGACCUAAGUUGUGAUAACGAAUUCCACUUGAUACAGUACGCAAUAGACAAGCUUAAAAACACUUUAAAUCAUUAUCUUGAAGUACAUCCUACUUUUCUCUGCGAUAAAAGAGGUUUUAAACUUCCUUCAAUACCAACAGCACGUUUCUCUUGUUACCUAUUCUCACUAGGAUCUCCGACGAAUAGCUACAAUCUUCAAGCAGACUUUAAUAGGAUUUUCGAAGAUGCACAAAGUGCUUAUUCUCUAGAUGGAAAGAUGUUAAGGAAGCUUAAAGAAAAGCUGUAUAAAGUAAAAGAAACUAUAGUAGAUAUCGUUGAAAAUCAUAAAAAGGAUGAAGCCGAUGUUGAAAGAAUAAUACAUAAUAAUCUAAUUAAAUUGAAUAUCUUCUAUAGCGAUUUGAAUGUUAUUAAAAUAGAUCAGAAAGUUCAAUUUGAUGUUUAUACUCUCAUUUCAGAAAUUGGAGGAUGUUUGGGAUUGUUUCUUGGAGCAUCAAUUCUAUCAUUAUGUGAAUUAUGUGAUUAUGUGUUGUUUAAAUGCUUAUUACGAUUAAGAAACAGAAAGAAUUGA